AAAGAGAUUGGAACCGAUAUUCUUAGGCACUAUGAAACCCAGCAACUCCUGACAUUUCAGAAAGCAGCCGAGAAUAGAGAAUGGCUGAAAGUCCGGUGAUCUAUCUGCUCGGCAAGCUUGCCAGCUUUUGCGAGAAUGAAAUCCAACAUAUGAGAGAGGGCCGUGAAGAAUUAAUAGCGCUGAGAGGCGAAUUCGAGCGCAUCAAGGCCUUCCUGAGAGUUGCAGAUUCCAUGGAAGAGCACAACGAGGAAGUCAAAGUAUGGAUUAAGCAGAUAAGAGAAGUCGCGUAUGAGGCUGAAGAUGCUCUUGAUGAAUUUAAACUGCUCUUGGCACAUGAUCACGAGGGGAGUGGUCUUCUUUACAAGAUCCCUUGCUGUGUCAGGAACAUGAAAGCUCGAUAUCGGUUGACUGCUGCAAUCAGAAGUAUCAGCUCCAGAAUGAAAGACAUCUGUGAAGGCCAUCAGAGACUGUCCAAAAAAUUAAAAAGAGUCCAACAAGGUUCCAGUUCCACCCGUGAAGAUGACCCGUGGCAAGAUCAUCGAGCAGAUGCAGUCUUUGUAGAGAAAUCUGGUCUGGUGGGAAUUGAAGAGCCGAAGACAAGGCUUACUCAGUGGCUUGUUGGCGGCAUUCCAGAGAGGGAGGUAAUAUCGGUGUCUGGAAUGGGAGGGUUGGGGAAGACGACCCUGGCAAAGCAAGUUUUUGAUGAUCCAGUUGUGAGGAAGCACUUUCCUGUGCGUGCUUGGGUCACACUUUCUCCAUCUUCGAAGACAGAAGAGCUCCUGAUGGACAUGCUUCAACAGAUUGCCAGUAGAAUCAUGAAGCCAGUUCCAAGUGGAGCAGACACAUUGGACAUCGAUUGGCUGAAAAUGAUGAUCAAGCGCUUGCUACAGGGAAGAAGAUCGAGGUACCUGAUUGUUCUUGAUGAUGUCUGGCAUAUGGACAAAUGGGAUGCUGUCAAGUAUGCAUUGCCUAACAAUAACCACGGAAGCCGGAUAAUGAUCACAACCCGGAAUGCUGAACUGGCACAGGCAUCCUGCACUGAAUUUGUUGGGAAGGUCUACGAAAUGCAGCCGUUGCCAGUCGAACAAUCACAGAAGCUUUUCUGCAGGAAGACAUUCAAGAAAAAUGCGUGCCCCUCCCAUCUGGAGGAGAUAUGUACAGACAUUUUAAAGAAGUGCGAGGGCCUGCCCCUUGCAAUCGUGGCCAUAAGUGGCGUCCUGGCUACAAAAGACAAGCGGAGAAUAGAUGAAUGGGAUUUGGUCCGCCGUUCUCUUCAGUCAGAAAUUGAUGGCAAUGACAAACUCAAAAACAUGAAGAAGGUACUUUCACUCAGCUUUAAUGACUUACCUUACUACCUAAAGUCCUGUUUAUUACAGAUAUCUGUAUUCCCUGAGGCUUAUGCGAUUGAGCGCAUGAGGCUAACUAGACACUGGGUAGCAGAAGGUUUUGUUGAAAUGAAAGAUGCUAAGACCAUGGAAGAAGUUGCAGAUGACUACCUCAAUGAGCUUGUAAAUAGGAGUCUCAUCCAUGUGGUGGAGAGAGACAGCGAUGGGAGGAUAAAGUCAUGCCGAAUCCAUGGCCUUUUGCGGAGGAUCAUCACUUCAAAGUCAAGAGAUCAGAACUUUGCAGCCAUAGUUGACGAACAAAGUUCAGUGUGGCCUGAUAGAAUUCGUCGCUGCUCAGUUCACAAUGAGCUUCAAAUUGGACAACAGAACUUGUCACUUUCCCAUCUCAGGUCCUUGUACAUAUUUGGGGUAGACAAAUUUUCUCUAUAUAGAAUUCUCGCUGGUGAUCUGAAACUUCUUAGUGUUUUGGACUUGCAAAAUGCUCCAUUAAGGAGGUUCCCGGUGCAAAUAGUAGACAUGCGUUCUGUAAAGUUUUUGAGUUUGAGGCAUACUCAAAUUCAGACACUUCCAACAUCCAUGGGAAGGCUUCAGAACUUAGAGACUCUAGACCUCAAACACACUCAUGUCAUUUCAUUGCCUAUAGAGAUCAUGAAGCUCCAACGCCUUUGCCAUCUUCUUGUAUAUCGUUAUCAAACUGUAUCCUAUACGCACUACAAAUAUGGCUUCAGCACCCCAGCACAAAUUGGAGCUCUUCAAUCUCUGCAAAAGCUUUGCUACAUAGAUGCAGAUGAUGAUAGAACCAACAAUGUUAUAAGUGAGCUCGGGAAGCUAAAUCAGCUGAGAAGACUCUGCAUUCUAAAGUUGAAGAAAGAAGAUGGAAGGAAAUUGUGCUGGUCAAUUGCGAAGUUGACAAACCUCCAGUCCCUGGCUGUUUAUUCAUUAGGAGAUGAUGAAGAAAUUGAUCUGCAGAACCUUUCUUCUCCACCGCCACUACUUCAAAGGAUCUACCUGAGAGGACGUAUGCGGGCUUUGCCACAUUGGAUAGCAAGCAUGCAUGGUCUUGCCAAGUUACAUUUAAGUUGGUGUUUGCUUAAGGAAGAUCCCCUGCCAUCCCUCCAGGAUUUGCCCAGUCUUGUACAUCUUGAGUUACUUCAAGUUCACGAUUGGCAAACACUAUGCUUUAAGGCUAAAGGGUUUCAAAAGCUCAAGAUAUUAGGUCUUGAUUAUUAUGAGGAGCUCACAUUUGUACAGAUAGAGGAGGAAGCAAUGUCUAACCUUGAGAAAUUGAUGAUCCAGCGAUGCAAACAGCUGAAGAGUAUGCCAUCGGGAAUCGAGCACCUCACCAAGCUCAAAGUGCUGGAGUUCUUUGACAUGCCUGAAGAGUUAACCGAGAAGCUUAAGCUAGAAGAGAAGGAUGGAGAUUAUCAGAAAGUGGCACGUGCUGCAGAACUUCGUUAUGGCUACUGGAGAGAUGGGGCUUGGGACGUUACUUCAGUAGAGAGAUCAGGAAAGGAACAGAGCUCUCGACCUCAGGACACUACGAUGAAGAGAAGUAACCUUCCUCCUUGUUGGAAAUAAUGAUAUGCUCCAUCUUGUGUAACUGCAGUUUUUCUUGAGUUGCCCCAAUUUACUGUAACUAAUAAGGCUGAUAAUGUUCAAAGCAAACAUCAAAGGUUUAUUUGUCUCCAAGAUAACUUGGUAGGCCAUUUUGUAGCCUAGAAUUGCAUCUGAUAUUUUGUCUACACUACA